AAAAAGGCCAAACCGGAGAAGAAGGAGCUGGGAGUAAUCUCAUACAGCGUCCCCACGGCCCCCGGGGAGAAAAAAGAUGUGAUAAGCCCGCUCCCUGACUCCUACAGUCCUCAGUAUGUGGAGGCGGCCUGGUAUCCGUGGUGGGAGAAGCAGGGAUUCUUCAAGCCUGAGUACGGGAGGAAGAGUAUCAGCGAUGCUAACCCUCGCGGUGUCUUCAUGAUGUGCAUCCCUCCCCCUAAUGUGACCGGAUCCCUCCACCUGGGUCACGCUCUCACCAACGCCAUUCAGGACUCUCUGACCAGAUGGUAA